CAGUUGCUGCCGCGGCCUCCUUCUCUUCGCGCCCCCCCACCUGCCAGCGCGGAGUUGGCGGCGGCGGCGGCCUCGGGCUUUGUCCCCGCGCCCCCCCUCCGAGCCCCCCCCCGCGGGGCGACCGCCUGCGGCCGAGCCCGGCACCGCGCCGCCGGCCCGCGCCGCCCCGCCCGCCGCCUCCGCGCGCUCCCCUCCCGCUCGCCGCCCGCCCGCCCGCCCGGAGGUGCCGCCGGCAGCGCCGCCUCCGCCCGCGGGGCCCGGGCCGUGCCGGGGGAGGAGGGGGAGCAGCGCCGCCGCCGCGGCCGGGCCCGUCCCCCACCGCCUCCCCCGAACACCAUAGGCGGCUCCGGCACCAAGAUGUCCAACCGGGUGCUCUGCCGGGAGGCCAGCCACGCCGGCAGCUGGUACACCGCCUCAGGACCCCAGCUGAAUGCACAACUAGAAGGUUGGCUUUCUCAAGUACAGUCCACAAAAAGACCUGCUAGAGCCAUUAUUGCACCCCAUGCAGGAUAUACCUAUUGUGGAUCUUGUGCAGCCCAUGCUUACAAACAAGUGGAUCCUAAUAUUACCCGAAAAAUUUUCAUUCUUGGGCCUUCCCAUCACGUGCCCCUUUCCCGAUGUGCACUUUCCAGUGUGGACAUUUAUAGAACACCUCUGUAUGAUCUCCGAAUUGACCAAAAGAUUUAUGGAGAAUUGUGGAAGACUGGAAUGUUUGAGCGUAUGUCCCUACAGACAGAUGAAGAUGAACACAGUAUUGAAAUGCAUUUGCCUUAUACUGCUAAAGCCAUGGAAAGCCAUAAGGAUGAGUUUACUAUUAUUCCUGUGUUGGUCGGAGCACUGAGUGAGUCAAAAGAGCAGGAAUUUGGAAAACUCUUCAGUAAAUACCUGGCUGACCCUAGUAACCUCUUUGUGGUUUCUUCUGACUUUUGCCAUUGGGGUCAGAGGUUCCGUUACAGUUACUAUGAUGAAUCCCAAGGAGAAAUUUAUAGAUCCAUUGAGCACCUAGAUAAAAUGGGUAUGAGCAUUAUAGAGCAGCUAGAUCCUGUAUCUUUUAGCAAUUACUUGAAGAAAUACCAUAAUACAAUAUGUGGAAGACAUCCUAUUGGCGUAUUAUUAAAUGCUAUCAAUGAGCUCCAGAAGAAUGGAAUGAAUAUGAGCUUUUCAUUUUUGAAUUAUGCUCAGUCAAGCCAGUGUCGAAACUGGCAAGACAGCUCAGUGAGUUACGCAGCUGGAGCACUUAUGGUCCACUGAACCGCUGAACGCUCAGGGAUGGCACCUGCACACACGCUGUAUACGGGGUCCCAGCCUAGCCCUUACAAAGAUACAGUCCCUGGUCUUUGGGUAUACUGAAACCUCAAACUAAUAGAACUCUCUUCUUUUCUAGUAGGUGUAGUCCUUCCUUAGUUUCAACUCAUUUAAAAAAAAAAAAUGCUUUCUUGUUUAGGACAAUGGAAGGAAGGCUGGUAUCAAAACAUUUUGUGAUUAUUUUUUUUUUAAAAAAAAAAAAAGAUAAUGGCUAUGAAGGCAUGGUGGCAGACAGUCCUUACAAAUACAACAUGUAAAGCAUUUACCAUAUCCUAAAUUUGCACUCUUUGCAGACCUGUGCACAUGUACUCAGCUUUCAGAAUAGUUUUGCAAGUUGUAAACGGAAAAAGGGGUGGAAGCUUUUUAAUAAAAGAAAAAAAAAAGGAAAACAACGCAUUUAUAAAUGAUCCUGUAUUAGAAUAUAAUAAAAGUCCAGUAUAGUCAGUUACUACCCGUGAUGUACAACAGAUAUCUUCUAUUUUAGUUGCUAAUAAAGGGCUACACAAACCAAAA